AUGGGCGACACCGGCUGGGAAGACCCGUUCCGUACGCCUUCUCCCGAUUACGAUGGUGACGAUGGUGAAUUAGAUACCCAUGAGCUGCCGACCGGUAGCCUGAUGCAACAGCUGGAUCUGACUUCAAGGAAGGAAAAUGUCACUUUUACGGAAACACCAUUUACCAUCGCUGCUAGAAGGGCGAGAUAUGGGGAUAGUAACAGCAAGAAUGGUGCUCGGAAAGAAGCUGCUUUGGCUUCGUCUGUACCAUCUUCCAAUAACAACCCUCCUCCAUCGACUGGAUCCUUUCCCGCAUCCGCACGUCCUCCUGAUUCUGGUCCUUCUUCAUCCAAACCCACAUCCAGUAGAACUCAAACCCUUCCGGCGAAGACGAAUGUUCCGUCAAAGGGAAAUAACAGCAAGAAGAGGGACGAGGUGGUGGAAGAACCAGAAGAGAAAGUAGUGAAGCGAGUGAGGAAUAGUGGAUGGUUCGAUCCUCUUGGUAAACCCAUACCCAAAGAUCCACCAAGGAAAAAGCAGUUGAUGGACAAACUGAGCGAUUUAACGACUGCCGAGGAGAAGAAGAAGCAAAGGAAUCAGAAAGCUGCUGCUACAAGAGCGAGAAACAAAGCUUUGAAGGCCGAGCAAGCGGCUUGGAAGGACCGAGAGGAAGACUUGAAGUUCGGAAUGCUACCUCCGGGUGCUGAACCCAACGAAGACUAUCCUAUUCUACAAGGCUUCGAGAAGAUGAAAGAUUUGCCGACCAAAGAUCCAAAGGGCAAAGGGAAGGGGAAGAAUGGAAAGAACGGGAAGAAUGAUGAUGCGAAGCCUGCUGCCAAGAUCGGGGCUGAAAUGCUUCGUAUGAUCAUUAGUGGAGUGCCCGAAUCAAGCAAGAAAGAUCAGAUGACAACAGAAGAGAAUGGUGAUUCCUCAGAUCAGAAGGAGAAGGAAGAGGUUCUCUCACCAAGUGAAAUGCGGAAACAACAACGUGUAAUGAAUUUAGACGAAAUAAUCAAAGUGCACGCAAAGAAGACUGCCGAAAUGUUCCGUGAUACGAGGGAACCAGAGGUAUCUCGGAUGGCCAGGAAAGAUGUGGUAGAUAUAACAGAUGAAGGCCAUAAAUCCAAUGGUAAAUCACAAACGAUCGCGAUACUCUCCGACGACGAGGUGAUAUCUUCAGAUCAACCAUCUACAAUUACUCAUCUUUUCUCCUCCGCUAUGAGGGAUAUUGAACAAGCGGGAAAUUCAUCUUCGGAAGUGAUUCCAUCUAGUUCACCACUGGAUCGAUAUAGCAAGAAACCUUUUAGCUUACUUGAACCGCGGCCCAAACGGGCAGGAGAGCAUUUUACACAUAUUGACGAUGUCGGACUUUUGGAGAAGGAAGCUGGGAGAGUAGCAAAUCAUGAGCAUACAUCCGGCUCCAAAUCCACUUAUCCAAGAAGAAGGUUUGACCAAACCAGUCCUGAUGAAGUUCAUCAAGAACAACUUCAAACCCCUCAAUCUUCUUCCACAUACCGUCAAAAUCUCAAUCGUGUUCUUGCAAAACCAGCACCGCACUCUUCUGUCUUUCCAGACAAUGAUUUCCUCAUCGAAGGUAUGAAACGAUCUCCGUCUCCCGCCAUAUCGAUCGAUGGAAUGAAGGAAGAAGACUGGUCUACAAUUACAAGUCGACCUGGAGCCGGUCCAGCUAAAAAGAAAGCUAGGAGAUUCAACAUAUUUGAAGAACCAUCGUAUGCCAAAAAAUUCCGGAAACCGAUAAACAUGUUUCCUUCCAGAACAAAUACAAAUGGUAACACCGACAUCCAAAAGAUUACUGAUCACUUGCGAACAUCCACAACCUUCCCGAGCCUAAACAAUCAUCUUGUGUCUACUCAAUCGUAUAAUGGGGGAAAUACCAGAGUCAAGCUCUUCACACCUAGUAGACCUGAGGAAGAUCAGCCUGAUUCAAUGAGAGGGAUAUUGAGUGGGAAAACAAUCAAAGGUAAUCAGUAUGGUAGUGCUGUGAAAGGAGAUCCGUCGGUCACCUCGAGAAAUAAUGGUACUGAUCGAUAUCAUCAAGCUUCUAAUUCAAUCAAACAUAUCUCCGCUCCCUUGAACGGGAUCUCAAGAUCCGUUACUACUCAUGGCGGCGGUGCAUCCUAUACUUCGGCAAGAUACGAUCAACCUGAACAGCUACAUCAUCCUUACUACCAAAAUAGGUCCAAUGGGACCUCGAGCAAAAGUGCUAAUGGUGAUGGUUCUCAUCAACGGGUUCAUCCAACUAGUACUGACAGAAUUAAUUUACCUGAAUAUAAGUACAACGGGGAUUAUCCGCAUCAAGUUCGUGUUGAUCAGGUUUCUCGCUCCCACAUUCACUCUAAUGGAUAUCAGCGAUCGCAAACCCAUUCUAAUGGAUAUCGCCCGACUCAAGUUGGCGUUAAUCGAAAUCAAACUAAUUCUAACGGUUAUCAUCAAGCUCAAGCUCAAUCUGACAACUUUAAACCUUCUUACCCGCCCAAUCAUAACACAUAUUCACUGAAUGAUACUGACCUCCAUUCACGACACGUAAUACCAGCAGAAGAAGAGGAAGAAGAAGAUUGGACCAAAGCUUGGUCAAGAGCUGCUCAACAGAAAUCUCGUCAAACGGUGAUGGAGUAA